CUGACAGUAGUGCUUCCAAGUAUGUAGUUUAAUGUUGCGCAGGUGAAAUUAGCAGAGACAAGAAGGCAAUUUUCUUGUGGAACGCAACGCCCCUUGUUCAUGCUUAAAAAAUGGACGAUUCUUGUCACUGAUCGUGACAGCUAACUGAAGAGAAGUAUUCUAGCAACAGUAGGUUGCGAAGGUGCCAGAGGAUGGAGAGUGGGUGCACAGAGACAGUGAAGGAAGAUGAAGAGGCAUUGUGGGAAAAUGUGGAGAACAAUCGUUAUAUCCUUGCUCGCUAUAUCAGUCCCAACAAGUUAACCCCCUACUUGCGCCAGUGCAAAGUCAUCGAUGAGCAGGAUGAAGAUGAGGUGCUGCACUCGCACAUGCUGGUGUCCAAAAUCAACCGGACAGGGCGGCUAUUGGAUAUAUUGCACACCAAGGGUCAGCGGGGCUAUGUGGUGUUUCUGGAAAGUCUGGAGUUUUACUAUCCUGACCUUUACAGACUGGUAACUGGGAAGGAACCCACUCGCAGAUUCUCUACUAUUGUUGUGGAGGAAGGUCAUGAGGGGCUGACACAGUUCCUCAUGAACGAGGUGAUCAAACUUCAGCAGCAGGCCAAGGCCAAGGAUGUGCAGCGUGUGGAAAUCUUGGGAAAGCACCAGACUCUGGAAGAUGAGCACAAGAAACUCCGUCUAGUCAAUCAGGAGCUGCUCACCUUCCAGGAGCGCUACAACAAGAUGAAAGAGGAGAGGAAUAACUGCAUGGAUGAGCUCAUGAAAGUCAAGGAUGACAAUUACAACCUGGCUAUGCGCUACGCCCAACUUAGUGAGGAGAAGAACAUGGCUGUCAUGAGGAGCCGUGACCUCCAGCUUGAGAUUGACCAGUUAAAGCACAAGCUGAACAAGGUGGAAGAGGAGUGUAAGCUAGAAAGGAAGCAGUCACUGAAGCUAAAGAAUGACAUUGAGAAUCGACCUCGCAAAGAGCAGGUCCUGGAGCUGGAGAGGGAGAAUGAAGUGCUGAAGAUGAAGGUUCAGGAGCUGCAGUCCAUUCUACAGCCUGGAAAGCAGGUCCUGCCAGACUCAGAGAAGGCUAUACUGGAUAUCCUAGAGCAUGACAGGCAGGAGGCUCUGGAGGAUCGACAGGAACUUGUUAACAGGCUGUAUAACCUACAUGAAGAAGUACGCCAGGCGGAAGAGCUAAGGGACAAGUACUUGGAAGAAAAAGAGGAUCUGGAGCUGAAAUGUUCCACACUGGUAAAGGACUGCGAAAUGUACAAGAACCGCAUGAAUACCAUCAUGAUCCAACUGGAAGAGGUGGAGAGGGAGCGGGAUCAGGCCUUCCGUGCCCGUGAUGAAGCCCAGAACCAGUUCUCUCAGUGCCUCAUUGAUAAAGACAAGUACAGGAAGCAGAUCCGUGAACUGGAGGAGAGGAGUGAUGAACUGCAUAUUGAGAUUGUGCGGAAGGAGGCCAGAAUUGUCAACCUAGAGUCUAAACUCCGACGCCUUUACAAGGAUGCCAAUUGCUUGGAUCAGAGUUUACCCCGAGACAUUCCCAUAACAAUCAUGUCCCAGACCUUUGGACCUCAAGACCCAAAACCCAAUGGCCAAGAAGAGGAAUCUGAUGAGGAAUCUCCUGAAGACAAUAAGUUCUUUCAGCCUGAACCUCGGCUAAAACGCAGGCCUAACCUCAAAGGACUGACAAAUGUAAGAGUGAAGUCUCCAAUCACUGUUAGUAAGCCACCAGAUUUUCAAGCCGCGUUAGCUGUAUUAACUCCUGGGGAACUGUCUGAUGGGGCUAGCACAGGGACAGACACCGCCUCUACAACCACAAACAUGAACACAUCUGAGGUGUUGAAUAAACAUCUCUUACGGUGUCGAAAUGACAGUAUAAUGUCCACAACCGCAGAGCCACCAGGGAAUGACUCCAUUGUCAGACGUAAUAAAGAAGGGGAUCAUGAAACUCAACCAAGAAGCUUAAUGGAUUAUGAUUCUGACAGUGUGGAUCUUUGUGAUGAAGACACUGACACAUUCUCCCAUGGGCCUCCAUCUGUCCACUCUUCUUCAUCUUCUCAUCAGUCUGAGGGCCUGGACUCAUAUGACCUAGAGCAAGUCAACAACAUUUUCAGGAAGUUUUCACUUGAACGGCCCUUUAGGCCCUCAGUUACCUCAUUCAGCCGUGUCAGCAAUACCCUGAGGCCUGUGCAGGAUCUUUCUCUUCCUGGGGACUCUCUGUUGUCGGAGAUCACUCUAGUUGGAGGAAACGACAGUGGGAUUUUUGUCUCCUCUGUCCAGCCAGGCUCCAAUGCAGAGAUGGCUGGGCUGAGAGAGGGCCAUCUUCUCCUGCUGCUUGAAGGUUGUAUAAGAGGAGAAAACCAGAAGGUCCCUCUUGAUGCUUGUACUAAAGAAGAGGCUCGCUGGACACUGCAGAGGUGCAAUGGAACAAUCAAGCUGCAUUUCAGAUCCAACUUUGAUGCUUACAGGAAGCUGAUGAAAGAUCUGGAAGAUGGGUCCCUGGUAUCUGGAGACUCCUUCUACAUUCGACUGAACCUGAAUAUCUCAGGACAGUCUGACAGCUGCUCUAUGUGCAUGAAGUGCGACGAGAUUGUACAUGUGCUGGAUACCAUGUACCAAGACAAGUGUGAAUGGCUGUGUGCACGUGUCGACCCCUUUACAGACAAGGAUCUGGAGAAAGGCACUAUCCCAAGCUUUUCCAGGGCUCAGCAGCUGCUUCUUGUAAAAAUUCAGAAGCUAAUGUGCAGAGGGAGCAGAGAUGAGACAGAAAAUCUGCGUACACUCAGGAAUACGUUGCAGCCAGAGGAGUCUCCACCUCCCCCAGAUCCAAAAUCCAGCCCACGUCUGUCUAGGGCAAGCUUUUUCAUCGGUCAGAUCUUACAAUUUGUAAGCAGGACAGAGAACAAGUAUAAGAGGAUGAACAGCACAGAGAGAGUGAGGAUCGUUAGCGCUGGGACCUCCUCACUUCCACGGCCCAGUUUUGAAUCAGUGAAGACAGAUGACUUGGACACAGAGAAUGACCUGAACAAGAGUUUAAACUUGAUUCCAUACAGCUUGGUGACUCCGCAUCAUUGCCAGCGUAAACGACCUGUCCUUUUUGCACCAAACAGUCUGGCCAAGACUAUUGUACAGAAGUUCCUCAAUUUAGGAGGAGCCAUGGAAUUCAACAUAUGCAAGCCAGAUAUUCUGACAAAGGAAGAGUUUCUUCAGAAGCAAAAGAUAGAGCCUAUCAUAUAUUCAAAAGAGAAGCAUGCCAAUACAUAUGAAUGUAUCACAACAGAAAACAUUGAAGCUGUUGCUGCCAAGAAUAAGCAUUGCUUGUUGGAAGCUGAACUCAGCUGCACAAAAGAUUUGAUCCGAAGGGAAAUCUAUCCCAUCAUCAUCUACAUCAAAGUCUGUGAAAAGAACGUCAAGAAAUUCAGGAGACUGCCAUUAAAGCUAGAUUCUGAGGACGAGUUUCUGAGAAAGUGUCGCUCAAAGGAAAAGGAACUGGAGUCCCUCCCUUGUCUCUAUGCUACAGUGGAAGCUGAUUCUUGGAGUGGAGUUGAGGACCUCUUGAAAGUUAUCAAGGACAAAAUCCUGGAUGAACAGAAGAAGACAGUGUGGAUUGAACAGGACCUUCUCUAGUUAAUGUUCCAGAGUUGCUAAAUGAAGCAGUUAAUUUCCGAACUUUGUGAAUGAAGUGGUGGCACAUACUUUAAGGAUGGAACAAUGCAGUCUUAACUUUUCAGUGCGCCCAGACUGUUGCUGUUUUGACUUCAGUGGAAGUUUGUAAACCAUGUACAAAGAAAUGUACAGGAAAUGACUGCAACCAGAAUUUCUGCAGCUGAUUAAAAAUGUCUGCAGUAGA